GAAUCGGCGUAGCGCGGCGCGCGGCGUAGCGUGGCUCUCAGACUGGUUCGGUGACUUUUCUCAGCAGCUGUGGGAGUUUUUUCCUCGGGAGGAAAUGUCAGCGAGCUCAGACGUCCUGACCGGAGCAGCGGAGGCGAACGGCGGCGCUAUGGCUCUACAGAAGAACUUGGAGGGCUAUGUGGGCUUCGCAAACCUUCCCAACCAGGUGUACAGAAAAUCGGUGAAGAGAGGAUUCGAGUUCACGCUGAUGGUUGUGGGAGAAUCCGGCCUGGGGAAGUCCACGCUGAUCAACUCACUCUUUCUCACAGAUCUAUACUCUCCAGAAUAUCCUGGUCCUUCCCAGCGGAUCAAAAAGACUGUCCAGGUGGAGCAGUCCAAGGUUCUGAUAAAGGAAGGAGGGGUCCAUCUCCUGCUGACCAUCGUCGACACGCCCGGCUUUGGAGACGCUGUGGACAACAGUAACUGCUGGCAGCCGGUGACGGACCACAUCGACAGUAAGUUUGAAGACUUCCUGAACGCAGAGUCGCGCGUCAACAGGAGACUAAUGCCGGACAGCAGAGUGCACUGCUGCCUGUACUUCAUCGCUCCGUCUGGACACGGGCUGAAGCCUCUAGACAUCGAGUUCAUGAAGCGGUUACAUGAAAAGGUCAACAUCAUUCCCCUCAUCGCCAAGGCUGACACCAUGACUCCUGAAGAGUGUCAGCAGUUCAAGAAACAGAUCAUGAAGGAGAUCCAUGAGCAUAAAAUCAAAAUCUACGAUUUCCCAGAGACUGAUGACGAGGAGGAGAUGAAGAUGAUCAGAAGGAUCAAGGACCGUCUGCCGCUAGCUGUGGUCGGUAGCAACACCAUCAUCGAGGUCAACGGGAAGCGGGUCCGUGGGAGGCAGUACCCCUGGGGCGUGGCUGAAGUUGAAAAUGGAGAUCACUGUGACUUUACCAUCCUGCGUAACAUGCUGAUACGAACCCACAUGCAGGACCUGAAGGACGUGACCAACAACGUCCACUAUGAGAACUACCGCAGCAGGAAGCUGGCUGCCGUCACCUACAAUGGCGUGGACAACAACAACAGCAAGAACCAGCUGACCAAACCUGACACACCUGACGACAUGAGUCCUCUGGCUCAGAUGGAGGAGGAGCGGCGGGAACACGUGGCCAAGAUGAAGAAGAUGGAGCAGGAAAUGGAGCAGGUGUUUGAAAUGAAGGUCAAAGAGAAGCUCCAGAAGCUCAAAGACUCUGAGGUUGAGCUCCAGAAGCGCCAUGAGCAAAUGAAGAAGAACCUGGAGGCUCAGUAUAAGGAGCUGGAGGAGAAACGGCGUCAGUAUGAGGAGGAGAAGUCCACCUGGGAGCUUCAGCAGAGGAUUCUGGAGCAGCAGAAGCUGGAGCUCUCCAGGACCAUGGAAAAGGGGAAGAAGAAGAAGAUUUUUUAAGUUCUCUGGACUCGUAAUGAUCUGCUGUCGGUGUCCCCCCCCAACCAUCUAACCGUACCACCAUCAAGUGGAAGCCAGGGGGCAGCGCUGCUCCAUCUCUGAAUUUAAUCUUAAAUAAGACUCAUUCUGUGUGCUCUGGAUCUAUGCUGAUUUAAUGUGUUUCUGAUACCAAAAAGGCGUCUAGUCGCCCUUCACUCUCUCUUCUUCUGCUUCGGGAUCGUUUCACACCAACACCCAGACCGGGACAUUUUAGGCUUCUGCUCAUUUUUGUCAGGAAUAUUUUCCAAAAAAAAAA